AUGUCUUCUCUCACGCUGAUCGAUCACUCACCCCGCCAUCCGAACCCCUCCCCGCCGAUACCGACCGCCUCCAAUGUCAUUCUGAUCGACAACUACGACUCCUUCACCUGGAACGUCUACCAGUACCUCGUUUUCGAAGGCGCGACUGUCUCGGUAUACCGCAACGACGAAAUCUCCCUUGACGAUCUUAUCGCAAAGAACCCCACACAACUGGUCGUAAGCCCUGGGCCAGGGCACCCUACUAGAGAUGCCGGUAUCAGCAACGCCGCAAUCAUGCACUUCGCCGGGAAGGUUCCCAUUUUUGGCGUGUGCAUGGGUGAACAGUGUAUCUACUACAGCUUCGGCGGCACAGUGGACGUGACUGGACAGAUCUUGCAUGGCAAGACCUCCCCUCUCACCCACAAUGGCAAAGGUGUAUACGCUGGUGUCACACAGAAGGUUCCUGUUACAAGAUAUCACUCGCUCGCUGGCACACACAACACACUGCCAGAUUGUCUGGAGGUCACCUCCACGAUCCCUGCCAACCCAGAGUCCGAUGUCAAGGAGGUCAUCAUGGGUGUGCGCCACAAGGAGUUCGUCAUCGAGGGAGUGCAGUUUCAUCCGGAGAGUAUUCUGACAGAGGAUGGACGCAUCAUGUUCAGGAACUUCCUCCAAAUGCAAGGUGGAACCUGGGCGGAGAACGAGAAGCUGCAGAAGGAGGCACAUGCCAAGGUAAUUGGUGCUGACACAAACGGUGCUGCGAACGGCACGAAGAAGGAUAAGCAAACCUCGAUCCUCGAGAAGAUCUAUGCUCACCGCAAGGCGACUGUCGAGGAGCAGAAGAAGAUCCCAUCUCAAAGACCCGUCGAUCUCCAGGCAUCAUACGAUCUGAACCUUGCACCUCCUCAGAUCAACUUCCCGGAGCGCCUGCGACAGUCGCCAUACAGACUUUCACUCAUGUCUGAGAUUAAGCGCGCCUCGCCUUCAAAGGGCAUAAUCUCACUUUCUACUUGCGCACCUGCUCAGGCGAGAAUAUACGCCAAGGCUGGUGCUAGCACAAUCUCUGUGUUGACUGAGCCUAAGUGGUUCAAGGGUAGCAUUGAUGACCUUAAGGCUGUCCGCCAAAGCCUCGAGGGCAUGCCCAAUCGACCUGCGGUCCUUCGCAAGGAGUUUAUCUUUGACGAGUAUCAGAUUCUGGAGGCGAGACUGGCUGGUGCAGAUACGGUGCUCCUCAUCGUCAAGAUGCUUGAUCAGGCGCUUCUCGAGAGACUCUACAAGUACUCACAGUCGCUUGGUAUGGAGCCUCUAGUUGAGGUGAAUAAUGUGGAGGAGAUGGAUAUCGCAGUGAAGCUUGGAUCCAAGGUCAUCGGUGUCAACAACCGCAACCUGACCAACUUCGAGGUCGACAUGGAGACUACAAGCCGUCUUAUGAGCAUGGUUACCAAUGACAUCAUUGUCUGCGCGCUCAGUGGCAUCGCUGGACCCAAGGACGUCGAGCCCUACGUAGAGAACGGCGUUGGCGCAGUCUUGGUUGGUGAAGCUCUCAUGAGAGCGUCUAACACCGCCGAAUUCAUUGUGGAGCUUCUCGGUGGCACGACAGCCAAACCCACAAGGACGUCGACCACACCCAUGGUCAAGAUUUGCGGCACUCGUAGCGCCGAGGCUGCCAAGGCUGCGAUUGAGGCGGGUGCUGAUCUAAUCGGUAUGAUUCUGGCGAUUGGCACAAAGCGUACCGUCUCCGCAGAGACAGCGCUGGCGAUCUCAGAGGUUGUGCACAAGACUAAGAAGCCACAAGUGACGAAGUCUGGGUUGGGUGCAGUCGCUAAAUCUGCUACUGACUACUUCGACCACGCUGCACAACGUCUCGUAUCUGUCAACGACCGAGCUCUUCUUGUUGGUGUGUUCCGCAAUCAGUCGUUGGAGUAUGUUCUUGAGCAGCAACGACUGCUGAACCUCGACAUCGUUCAACUCCAUGGUCAGGAGCCGGUCGAGUGGGCGAAGCUCAUUCCAGUCCCGGUAAUCAAGGCAUUUAACCCUCACGACCACGGGAUUGGAGGUCGCGGUCACCACGCCCUGCCUCUUCUUGACGCAGGCUCAGGUGGGUCCGGCAAACAGCUCGAUCUGUCGGACGUGAAGAGCGUUCUCGCAAAGGACGAGGGUGUAAAGAUCAUCUUUGCGGGUGGUCUGAACGCCGACAAUGUGCAAUCCAUGCUCGGCGGUCUCGACGAGUACAGAGACCGUGUUAAGGCGGUAGAUGUCAGCAGCGGUGUUGAAGGAGACGAUGGGCAGCAGAGCUUGGACAAGAUCAGAGCCUUCAUCAAGGCAGCAAAGAGCUAG